UUGCUCACAGUUACAACAUACAUAUUUUUGCCGUCGUUUAAUAUACAAAAUUAAUAUCUUAUAAUGGAUCUAGAUGCCGAUUCUUGCCGAAACUUUUCAUUAGGUUCAACUUCCAGCACACGAUCUGGUCUGCCUCCGGUAAAACCAUCCUUCAAGAAAAAAAACAAACUAUUAGUCGAGAAAGCUGAAUCGGAAGGCUCUCCAAAAUGUUCGGAUAUGAUGAUUACAUCCUCAUCUACUUCGUCAUCCACAACCAUAUCCAUUAAUGCAUUUGAUUCACAAUGUCAGCUUCCAAAAGAUUCCCGUGAGGAGCCGCCAAAUAUCGGCUACGAAUUGAAUGUUGCGAAAUCAAUAAUGCAACAAUAUAGUACUUUAAGUGGAGAUAACUUAUUUGACCAUAUUAGCGAUAUAAUAAAGCGGGUAAUUGAUGAGCGCCCACCCAAUGUCAUUGAUUUUUUUGAAGAAUUCAGUAGGAAUGUACGCGAACAGAAGUUCCAUUUGCCCGAACGUUUUCCUCCGCAAGGGGUUUUUGACGAGUCCCGCAUGUUCCGGAUCGCUAAAACCAUUCUGCAAUCAAUGAAGUUGCCAUAUAACAUUGAAACGGAAGAUUUUGGUAUCCAAGAAGAUGUUUCAGCGGAAGAUAAGACGAAUGUUGACGAUGACUUUCGAAUAGUGAUCGAUGAUUCCAUUCGACAUUUUGUGACGUUCAACGAACGGGUGCAGCAACUUCAAUUCUUUUGGAACCAAUGUGGAUUUAGUAUAAGCAACGAUGAUACAUUUCAACUGGCUUGUGCAAUGAAUCGCUUACAGACACAUCCAUCCAUAAUGCAGUGUCGCUUUUGGGGAUGUAUAAACGGCUUGAAGGCUUCGUAUUAUAUAGUGGAAGCUUCAUUGACCCGCGAAGAAAUAGCAUCUCGAUUGGUAAUGAUGGAGGAGGAAAUGAGGGAAAAACAGCUUCCACUUAAAAUGCAAAAGAACAGAGAGGAGAAGCCGGCACCGCCUCACAUUGGGCCUGAGCUUACGCCUGGUAUCUACGGCUGGGAUAAUUACUCACCAGAGGAACUGGUACAUAUGAAGCCAAAAGCGGCUGCUGUGCCCCUAGUACAAGAAAUGGAAUUCUAUGAUAUACCGCCUGAGUACAUCGGACUUGGGUGCAAUCGAUUUUCAUAUUUUGUGGUGAAUUCGUUAUAUGACGAUUGGAUUGAGCUGCCAAUAGUGACACCCAGGCAAAUAGUGGUAUCGCGUCAGAUUAAGAAGUUUUUUACAGGAGAUCUGGAGGCAGAUGUCAUAUCGUAUCCAUGCUUUCCAGGCAAGGAAAAACAUUAUCUCCGGGCUAUGAUUGCUCGCAUCACAGCCGGAACUUACAUAGCACCACAAGGAUAUUACAGACGGAUGACUAAAAGGGAAAAGAGGCUUUUUGAGGGAGGUGAGGUGGACGAAGAAGAGGAGGAAGAAGAGGAAGAGGAUUUCGAAGGCGAGGAAGACACGCUAGAUGAUAAUGAUGUUAUGCUAUUAAAAAAUGAAAGAUAUGAAAUGGAACCAUUGGGAUCACUGGAAACUCCAAUUGCAUGGGUUCAUGUAAGAUCGAAUAUUUUGAAUCAAGGACGUGUUGUGUGGUUCGAUGAGGAGAAGGCUCAAAAGGAAAGGGAGAAGGCUUUGGCUCACUAUUUGAAAAUGCGUCUAAUGGAAGAAAUGGAAGAAGAAAUAGAGGAGGAGGAAGCCGAAGAUGAAGAAGAGGGAGACGAAGAAGGAAUCUUAGACCAUUUUAUUCAACCAGAAACUGGACCUAGUAUUCUAUCAUCGUGUGGAAGUGACACAAAAGAUGAAGUACGACAGCCCUGGUUAGUGCGAUUAACUAGCAAGUAUACCAAUCAAAAAGAACGCAUGUUGGUCAUGCAGUCGAACGUUUGGCCUGGUGCAUUCACGUUCAUUUUUGAACAGACCUGUGAAUCAAUUUAUUUGGGUUGGGGCCACAAAUACGUUGCACGUAACAUGCCCUUCAAACAUCUCCCACCUGUUCAAGAAGAAUUCAUCCACGGACCUGAGGACUUUAUAGAAGCCUCCGAUCCUAGUGUAGAAGAAGAAGCGGCUUAUCGCGAGUGGCUCCAGAGCAAACAGAAAGUUGCCACCGAUAUUAAUGAAGAAGUAGCAGACUAUGAUGACGACGAGUUUGAGGAUUCAGAGAAUGAUGAUGAUGAUGAUCAAGACUAAGUAUUUAAAUGACAAUUGAUCAUCCUUAUCUAUUCAAAGUUAAGAAUUUUAUUGAGUAUUAAACAGAAAUGCAAUUUGCCUAA